UCUACUGGUACUAUGUCAGCUGAAGAACUAAUGAAGAGAGGAAAACGGCAUCUUUCAGUAGCUCUUAAAGAGGAAUGCGUUAAUAAAAAUCAUGUUAAUUUAAAUAUAGUUCUUGAUCAUUUAUUAAGUAAAAACAAGGAAAUCGAUGAUGCUGAAACACUAGAAUGGUGCAAGUCCAUAAUUGCUGGAGACAAAACGUACAAAGAAUUUUUAGAAAUCGUGAAAUCUUACAACAACUCCAGCAUAUGUGGGUUAGUAUGGACAGCAGAAUAUGUUGCCUACAGAUGUCGCACCUGUGGUCUCUCUCCAUGCAUGUCCCUUUGCAUGGAUUGCUUCAAGGCAGCUGACCAUGAUGGUCAUGAUUUUAACAUGUUUAAAAGUCAAGCUGGAGGAGCAUGUGACUGUGGUGAUGAGAGUGUCAUGGAUGCUAAAGGAUUUUGUCCAAAGCACUCCAAAAAUAAAGACAGAUCAAAAAUUGAGCCGCCUAAAGAUUUGUUAUUUGUGGCCGAAAUAAUGAUACCCAGAUUGGUUGUCAGAUUGGUUCAAUAUUUAAGACAUUCAGGGGCAGAGAAACAGUAUAUUAGUAAAAUGACCAGUUUUAUUUCCUUUCUUCAAGAACUUUCAGAAACUGGAGAUCUAAUGCAACAAAUUUUUUCGAAUGUUUUCACAAGCCAAAACGAUUACACAACUUACAUGAUAAGUAAAAGCGAUGUUGGCGUGGAAUAUGACAUUUAUGAAGCUUCCCUGAAAUUCGAUACCAUCAAUGUUAACAAAUAUUUUCCAGAGCUGGCAGAUGAUUUGAUUCAUAAAACCUUGCUCGAUGAAAUGUUUUUCUGGGUCAUCAAGUCAAAAUUCCCUGAACAUCUGGUAACAUUUCUCCUGAGUAUUCUACCAAAUGAACAAUAUAAACUGGCUUUUGUGGAAGUGUUCGUAGAGCAUUAUCGAUGCAUGAUGGUGGAGCUAACGCAUUCAGAGGAUAAAUCGUCAGUGUCGAAUUCAGUAGUUCACAUCAGUGUCCAGCUUCUCAGUCCUCUCAAGCUGGCUAUCGAAAUUGUCACAAAGUUCCAUCUCAUUCAUAUCAUGUUUGCUUGUCUUAAGCAUAUCAUUAAUCAAGCUAGAUAUGGAAACACCUUGAACUUGACGUCGAAUGUGAUGAAGGAGCAUUGUUACUGGCCCAUUGUGACUGAUUUCAUAAAUAUUUUGGCACAUCCUCCAAUUGUUCAAUAUUUUCUCAAUAGUACGAGUCUUGUUAAUGCAUGGGCCGACGUCAUAUCGAGUCUGCAAGGUUUGAACAUGAACCGAAGAGAACAUGAUUUACAUGUUGAAUUUGAGACGGAAACGUACUACAAGGCUUUCAGUGCCGAACUGGAGAUCUGUUCAACACCACUGUGGGCGCUCCUGAAGCAUUUGAAUGAUAGCAGUAGCAAGCAACUGACAAUCAACAUCGUCAACAUACUUGUCACUUAUCUGAACAAAUGGUUCACAGAAAACAGUGUUGGAGAGAUUGAGAUGAACCCUGAUGAAAUGUCUUUUCAUUAUCCGCUCCAUCGUUAUCUAUCACUGCUCAUCAGCAAUGCUCUGCAGCAGCAGGGAAUGGAGCUCACUGACCUCUUGCCAUCUCUUGAGUUCUUGGAAAUUUUGUACCUUCAUCCACUUCAUCUUUUGGUUCGUGAGUUUUUUUUUUUUUUUGUAUUUCCAUUUAACUUUGUUGUAGGUACAUACAAAAUUUGUUAUGUUUGA